AUGAUUGAGAAGUACAGCAGCUGUGUCGAUUUACUUCGUGAACCAAGUUACGUUGUUUAUGACAUUCGGUUAGUCAAUGAACAAAAUGGUCAACGUAAACAAAUACAAAACUAUUUUAGAUAUCGAAAUGCUAAUUAUCAGAAGAACGAACGAUAUCCUGUGACGGACGACAAAGUUGCCUGGAAUGUUCGGUGGCCUGAAUAUUUUCCAACUGAAUAUACUACCGAAAAGAUAUUGAAAAAUAAAAAAGCAGAUCCAGCAGAUGUGACCAAAAUCAAAAACUUUAACUGUUUGGAAGGAAAGGUAGAUCGAACAAGUUUCACUGGAAUUUAUCAACUUGAUGAGAAACAACGUCCAAAAAAUCCAAUGGGUCGAACAGGUUUGACUGGGAGAGGCCGACUCUAUUACUGGGGCCCAAAUCAUGCGGGGGAUCCGGUGGUGACAAGAUGGCUUCGAGAUUCAAAUGGUGAAAGUAUAUGGAGAAAAGAUGAAAAUGGAGGGUUGAAAAAAGUAUUAGAAAUAGUCGCUAUUCAAAGAAAGGAUAACAAAGAGUUCGCUUUGCCUGGUGGAAUGGUUGAUCCAGGCGAAAAGGCAUUUAGUACUCUAAUUAGAGAAUUUAAAGAAGAAGCAAUGAAUUCAUUAGGGACAAGUAAUUCUUUAAAAACGUCUUGCGAUAGUAUUGAAAAGUUAUUUGAGAACGGAGAAGAGAUUUCAAAAGGUUAUGUGGAUGAUCCGAGAAAUACUGAUAACGCAUGGAUGGAAUCAACUGCUUGGCACUUUCAUGAUGAAACAGGAAAACUAACCAAAAAUUUAACGUUAACAGCAGGAGACGAUGCAACAAAAGUUGCUUGGACUCCUGUUGAUCGUCAUGUGAAACUUUACGCUUCUCACACAAAUUUUGUCAAACUUGCUGUUGAUCGACUGAAUGCUUACUGGUGA